AUGAAUGAAGCCGAAGGACAAAAUUUAUUAUGUGAUGUGACGUUAGUGGCAGGGAAUGUUUCGUUAGCAGCUCACAAGGUGGUGCUGGCAGCUUGCAGCUCAUACUUCAAGGCAAUGUUCACUUGCAGACUCAGUGAGUCAACUGCAGACAAGAUAGAUCUGAGGUUGCUAGAUAGCACUGCUUUAGAGAUCCUUGUAGAUUUUAUGUACACAUCUGAAUUGUAUAUUACGGAAGAAAAUGUCCAGGCAUUGCUGCCAGGAGCGAACAUCUUACAAUUGUUCGAGGUGAAAGAUGCCUGCUGUGACUUCCUACAAUCACAACUUCAUCCUUCAAACUGCAUUGGCAUUCGAUCGUUUGCUGAUCUGCACGCCUGCGCCGAUCUUGCCUACUACGCCCAUUUAUAUACGCAACAGCAUUUUGUAGAAGUAGCAAUACAGGAUGAGUUCUUGAACCUGCCUCUACCUCAGAUGAUCAAGUUGAUAUCAGAUGAUCGCUUGUUGGUUCAAUCUGAGGAACAAGUGUACGAAGCAGUCAUAUCAUGGACAAUGUACGACUUUUCCAACAGGCAAAAACAUAUUGAUCAAUUGAUCGAAUACAUCAGGCUAAGUUUAAACUUGAAAAUUAACGUUUUUUCGUUAACCAGACUGCCGUUGUUGUCUCAAGAUUUCUUGGUACAAAGAGUGGAGGAUGAACCGUUGAUAAAAAAUUGUUCAAGGUGCAAAGAUUUCCUAAUAGAAGCAAUGAAGUACCAUCUGUUAAAACCUGAGCAGAAACUUUUGUAUAUCACGCCCAGAACAAAACCCCGGUCCCCUGCUGGUCUUCCAAAAAUGAUGUUAGUGAUUGGAGGACAAGCACCUAAAGCCAUAAAGAGCGUUGAAUGUUAUGAUUUUAAGGAGAACAAGUGGCACCAGGUGUCUGACAUGCCUUCAAGGAGAUGUAGAUGUGGUGUAGCAGUGCUUGGCGGCCUUGUGUAUGCAAUAGGAGGCUUCAAUGGUUCGUUGCGGGUUCGAACAGUUGAUGUCUACGAGCCCAUCAAGGACGUGUGGACCCCUCUGAUCAGCAUGGAAGCUCGAAGGUCCACCCUGGGUGCUGCCGUGCUCAAUGGCUUGAUAUAUGCUGUUGGAGGAUUUGAUGGCUCCUCAGGUUUGAGCAGUGCUGAAUGUUUUGAUCCUCGAACAAAUGAAUGGCGCUACAUAGCCAGCAUGAGUCUCAGGAGAAGUAGUGUCGGCGUUGGUGUGCUUGGAGGUUUGUUGUUUGCUGUUGGUGGUUAUGAUGGAGCCAGUCGACAUUGUUUGAGUAGUGUGGAGGCUUACUCUGCCACUGGAGACAAGUGGUUGCCUGUGCCAGACAUGACGUGCAGACGGAGUGGAGCAGGUGUUGGUACGAUGGAUGGAUUGUUGUAUGCAGUGGGAGGACAUGAUGGUCCUUUCGUGAGGAAGAGUGUAGAAUGUUACAACCCUGAAACAAAAUGCUGGAGCCUGGUAGCCAGCAUGCACAUGUGUCGAAGGAAUGCAGGUGUGGUGACGUACAACAAUAUGUUAUACGUCGUUGGAGGUGACGAUGGGAUGAGCAAUUUGUCGUCUGUUGAAUGCUACUGUCCCAAAUCUGAUGCUUGGACAUUGCUUCCACACACCAUGCAUCUUGGUCGAAGUUAUGCGGGAGUCUGCAUCAUAGACAGGCCGAUGUGA